AUGUUGAAAAUUUUCUGGAUUCUUGCGAUUUUCUGGAAAUUUUCGGAAAUUCGUGCUUUGGGCACGCAUGACUAUGUUGCGCUAAAUUGUGGACCUGUGAGUUUGUUCAGUCUUGCUGGAAAUCCACGUGGCAUCGAAAUGGAGACCUCUAGAAGUCCGUUUAAAUAGUACUUGUUGAGGAAACCUUAUGGCUAAAAAAUUAUCAGACAACGUGAAAGUUUAAAGUCGAGGAUCAUGCCACGUGGAUUUCUGUUGCAAGAAAAAAUAUCGAUUCUUGCCACAUGGAACUUUGAAAAUUCGAUUUUUCGAGAAAACAUUCCGGAACGAUGAAAUGCUACGUGGAUUUCCAUACCGAUUUUUCACCAAAACCUUCCAGACUCUCAUCAAAAAACAAUCGCAUACUCAAUUCUACGCAUUCAACGACGAAAUUCGAACAGGCGAGAUCAUUUUCAGUGGACAAGUCUACGAGAAUAUGAACUGGUUCAACGUGUACUUAUACCGUGGAAUCGGUGAUGCCUAUAAUAUGGAAUCGAAUAAUACUUUGAACCUGAAGUUCAAGGCAAACGGGGAGACUACGUUUCUGGGUGAAAAUCAUUCGGGUUCUCCAUUGAAACGUGGACAAUACAAUAAUAUUCGAAUUCAGUAAGAGUUCUGGAGCUUCUUGGGUUUAUCCUAAAGCUUGCCCUGAAGCUCAGAUUUGAGCUAAGUCCAUUUUAAAUACAGCCGCAUGAUCAGCAGAUCCAAAUCUUCCAGAAUUUUCCACGAACGCUUCGAGAUUUUCAUCAAUCAAGACUGGUUCUACACAUUCUUCCGGCGAGAAUAUCCAGGAUAUUAUAUCAAGGCGGCCGGUGUUGAGGGACAAUUUUAUACACGACAAAUCGAUUUGUGAGUCAGCAGGCUUGUGAAAACUUGAGUUUUUUUUGAAAUUUUCAGACUUUGUGCCAACACCACGUUCGGCUCUGGACAUAAUGUUGGAAUUCAAAUUUGA